CCAUGUGUGAAUUAAGCAUACGUGUGUGAAUUUACCAUGUGUGUGAGGGUACUAUAUCAGACUCCAAGAACUUUAGAGAAAAAUUGAAGAUGAGACAAAAUAAAAGAAAUAGAAUUAAUGCUAAGUGACCAACUAAAAUUUAAAUCAGACGGAAUAAAUAGUUUUUUUUCUUCUUGAAAACAAAAAGAAAAGUGAUUUUCUUUCUAUCUUCCAUUGCAGACUGGAAAGCAGAAUUAGUCUUAGCUGUGCUUGUAAUUCAAUCACUCUAAAAAGCCAUUAUGAAGCAAAACCAGUUUCAUCCCCAAGCUGACACUCCUCUGCUGAGCAGCUUCUCUUUCUCACAGUUCAUGUGGAAAACAGAGAUCAUGUGUUCAUCCUAUCCUUCACUUUGACAGCUUCUAUAAAAGCAGCUUUUGGAAGAGCUUGAUGAGCAUCCUCCCAUCAGUAGCUGAUCAGCUGCAUUAGCAUUUAGUUCAGUGAUAGGAAUCUUGAAGUGAUUGAAGAUGCUUUACCUUCCUGGCUGCUGCCUCGUGUUUCUGCUGUUCCUGAGCUCUGUAGAUUCUGGAAAAACGUUGUGGAAAAUCAAAGAGCAGCUGCAGAAGAACAAACAAGUUAACCUGAAGUUAAAUGUCGAAGGACAGCCUCCCCAACAGGUGAAAGAGUCCUGGUUGGAGCAGCCGCUGGACCACUUCAACCGACUGAAAGGCAAGACCUUUUCUCAGAAAUUCUUUGUGAAUGAGGCUCACUGGCAGCGUCCCGAUGGUCCAGUGUUCCUCUUCAUUGGUGGGGAAGGACCCAUCUUUAGUUUUGACGUACUGGCAGGUCACCAUGUUGAAAUGGCUCAACAGCACGGGGCUCUGCUGCUUGCAGUGGAACACCGUUUCUAUGGUGACAGCAUCAACCCAGACGGCCUAAAAACUGAGAGUCUGGCCGACUUGAGUAGCCAGCAGGCGCUUGCAGACUUAGCAACAUUUCAUGGUUACAUCUGUCGGAGCUUCAACCUGAGCAGCAGGAACCCGUGGAUCAGCUUUGGAGGCUCCUACUCUGGAGCUCUGUCUGCCUGGUUCAGAGGAAAGUUUCCCAGUCUGGUGUAUGCAGCGGUGGCCUCAUCUGCUCCUAUCAAAGCAAAGCUGGACUUUUCUGACUACAAUCAUGUUGUUGGUCUGAGUCUGAAGAAUGUGGCAGUGGGAGGCUCUGAAAAGUGUUGGGCUCAGGUACAGCAGGCCUUUGCUGCUGUUGAAGCAGAACUUCUCACUGGAAACCUCAGUCAGGUGGCCGGAGACUUCAACUGCUGUCAGAUUCCCAAAAAUCUGGAUGAUCAGAUUGAGUUGAUGCAGAACUUGGCAGAUCUUUUCAUGGGAACUGUACAAUACAAUGAAGAGGGUGUGCUGUUGUCUGUCAAAGAGCUAUGUGACCUCAUGACCAACGUCAGUGGAGAAGAUAAAGACAUGGAAGCCUACAGCCGCCUCAUUAAACUCACACAGGUUUACAGAUCCUCCACAGAGGACAAAUGUCUGGACGUUUCUCAUGAGGAAACGAUAAAACACUUGAUGGACACGUCCGUCCACAGCAGCAGGAGAGCUGAGAGACAAUGGACCUACCAGACCUGCACCGAGUUUGGCUUCUACCAGACUUGCGAGGACUCCACCUGUCCUUUCUCUGGGCUGAUAAAUCUGCAGGCUCAGACUAAACUGUGUACUGCAGUCUUUGGAAUUUCCCAGCAUUCUUUGCCCUCAAACAUCGCCUUCACUAACAGCUACUAUGGAGGAGACGAGCCGCAUACACACAGAGUGCUUUACAUCAAUGGGGGAAUUGAUCCAUGGAAGGAGCUGUCAGUGGUUCAAGGAGGACAAGAGGUCCAGUCCGUGUUCAUUGAGGACACUGCACACUGUGCUGAUAUGUCAAGUAGAAGAGUUGUAAAGCGGGAUUCACUCAGGAGAGCACGGCAGGAGAUUGAGAAACAGGUUUCAGACUGGCUGAGGACAGCUUCUCUGGAGAAGAUGGACAAAGGAGCAGAUGGCAUUAAGCCUUGAUCAGCUCUUAUCACUGUCCUCUGAAACUGAUAAGGAGUGGAUGAUAAUGUGACCUGCUCUGCUCUGUUUCUCCUUCCCCUCCUUCUGCUUUUCCUAUGUCUUCUAAUUGUUUUCCAUCUGGGAAAUGUAAAAAAUAACAAAUAAAAAACAUAUGUUUUCUCCUUUUGAUUUGUAGAUUUUGAUUUUCCUAAAAGCCUUUUCCAUUUUCUCAUCUUGUGUUUAUAAGUGUUUAUUGUAGAUUUUUAUAUUAAAUAUCUUGAUAUAAAAUCUGUUGUCUUGCUCAACAG